UUCAAGAUGGAGGAGUCCUGCACGUGGGAAGAGGAGAACCCUGCUUCUAGCAGCGAGGGCGGCAGCGGCAGCAGCGAUGAAGUGGAGGAGAUGGAGAUGGAGGAAAAAGAGGAGAAGAAACAAGGGAAGUCUCAAGCAGGAGUUUAUGUGCCGGGGAAAGGUCCCCCACCAGCCCCUGGAGAAGAGCUGGUGAUGGACGAAGGCGCAUAUCGACUCUACCAUCGGGCAGGCACGGGGGCUCCUUGCCUGAGCUUCGACAUCUUGCAUGAUGCCCUUGGAGACAACCGAACUAGCUACCCACUGAGCCUUUUCCUCUGUGCGGGAACACAGGCCGAAACUGCCCAGGCGAACAGGUUGCUAGUGAUGAAAAUGCACAAUCUCCAUGGGACCAAGUCAGCUGGCAAAAGUUCUUCUGAUUCAGAGAGUAGCAACGAGAGUGAAGAUGAAGAUGAUGAAGACAAGAAACCCCAGCUAGAACUGGCCAUGGUUCCCCACUAUGGAGGGAUUAACAGAGUGCGGGUGACAGAGCUGGGAGAGACUCAAGUAGUUGCCGCUUGGUCUGAGAAAGGGCAGGUGGAUAUAUAUGAUCUUCAGCGCCUCUUAGUGGCUGUUUCUGACCCCCAAGCGAUGACAACCUUCUUGCGAGAUGAGCAGGCCAAGAUCAAGCCCAUCUUUUCAUUUGCUGGGCAUAUGUCCGAGGGCUUUGCCAUGGACUGGUCCCCUAAGAAACCAGGCACUCUUUUGACUGGAGACUGCAAUAAAAAUAUCCAUCUAUGGACACCCAAGGAGGACGGGUCGUGGUUUGUAGAUCAGCGUCCUUUCACAGCCCACACAGCGUCAGUGGAAGACAUACAGUGGUCCCCAAAUGAAGCUACAGUUUUUGCUUCAUGUUCAUCUGAUGCUUCCAUCCGCAUCUGGGACACACGGGCUGCACCAGGAAAAGCCUGCAUGCUGACCACCAGCAAAGCGCACGAUGCAGACGUCAAUGUGAUUAGUUGGAACCGAAAUGAGCCCUUCAUUGUCAGUGGCGGUGAUGACGGGAUCCUAAGGAUUUGGGAUCUGAGACAGUUCCAGAAAGGUUCAGCGGUUGCCACCUUCAAACAACACACUGCGCCCAUCACAUCAGUGGAAUGGCACCCCACCGAUAGCGGUGUCUUUGCUGCCUCUGGGGCUGAUGACCAAGUGACUCAGUGGGACUUAGCUGUGGAACGUGACGAAGGAGGAGAGGUUGAGGACCCAGGCUUGGCUACCAUCCCACCCCAGCUGCUCUUCGUUCACCAAGGAGAGAAUGAUAUCAAGGAGCUGCACUGGCACCCACAAUGCCCUGGCACCCUCAUCACCACCGCCCUGUCUGGGUUUAACAUCUUUCGAACCAUCAGCGUCUGAGGAAGGCUUUCAAAAUGGCCACCACCCUCUAAAUUCAGGUGGCAUUUGCAGAGGUGGUCAAAGGAGCCAAGAUGGUGCCCACCUUUUUACAUGCAUGAAGAAGCUUAUCAUUCUGCUAUAAAAAAGAAAAAAAUUCAAAACAGGCUUUAUGUCUAUAGAACUGCCCUGGGGAAUAUGUCAGCUUCUAUAUAUCUAUUAUAUCCCAUAAUGUACACUGGGAACGGAAACUAUUUUGAAAUAGAUGCAAAAAAUAUGUUUAAAUUAUUUUGGAAAUAAAAUUCUGUGAUUAAGCA